GCCAGAGAGGAGGGGUUGGCUUCCGGGAUCUGGCGCGGCCUUUUCCUCUGGCUCCUGCGGGGGCUUGGGUUAGAGCUUCAGCUCUCUGCGUCCUCGGCUCCGAGAGGCCUCGGCGAUUCAGCCACAGCUUCUGCCUCCCCUCGCUCUGUGACCUGAGGGUAUUGGAUGAUUUGUAGCUAAGACUCCCGGAUCCCCUGAAGUCGAGAAAUGGAACUCUUAACAUUCAGGGAUGUGGCCAUAGAAUUCUCCCCCGAAGAGUGGAAAUGUCUGGAUCCUGCCCAGCAGAAUUUAUAUAGAGAUGUGAUGUUGGAGAACUACAGAAACCUGGUCUCCCUGGGUUUUGUGAUCUCUAACCCGGACCUGGUCACCUGUCUGGAGCAAAUAAAAGAGCCCUGCAAUUUGAAGAUACAUGAGACAGCAGCCAAACCCCCAGCUAUAUGUUCUCCUUUCAGCCAAGACCUUUCACCAGUGCAGGGGAUAGAAGAUUCAUUCCACAGACUAAUACUGAGAAGAUACGAGAAAUGUGGACAUGAGAAUUUACAAUUAAGAAAAGGCUGUAAACGUGCGAAUGAGUGUAAGGUGCAGAAAGGAGUUAAUAAUGGAGUUUACCAAUGCUUGUCAACUACCCAGAGCAAAAUAUUUCAAUGUAAUACAUGUGUUAAAGUUUUUAGUAAAUUUUCAAAUUCAAACAAACAUAAAAUAAGACAUACUGGAGAGAAACCCUUUAAAUGUACAGAAUGUGGCAGAUCAUUUUACAUGUCACACCUAACUCAACAUACGAGACUUCAUGCUGAAGAGAAACCCUACAAAUGUGAAAAAUGUGGCAAAGCCUUUAAUAGGUCCACAUCACUUAGUAAACAUAAGAGAAUUCAUACUGGAGAGAAACCCUACACAUGUGAAGAAUGUGGCAAAGCCUUUAGAAGGUCCACAGUUCUGAAUGAACAUAAGAAAAUUCAUACUGGAGAGAAACCCUACAAAUGUGAAGAAUGUGGCAAAGCCUUUACAAGGUCCACAACACUGAAUGAACACAAGAAAAUUCAUACUGGAGAGAAACCCUACAAAUGUAAAGAAUGUGGCAAAGCCUUUAGGUGGUCCACAAGCCUGAAUGAACAUAAGAAUAUUCAUACUGGAGAGAAACCCUACAAAUGUAAAGAAUGUGGCAAAGCCUUCAGACAGUCCAGGAGCCUGAAUGAACAUAAAAACAUUCAUACUGGAGAAAAACCCUACACAUGUGAAAAAUGUGGCAAAGCUUUUAACCAAUCCUCAAGUCUUAUUAUACACAGGAGCAUUCAUUCUGAACAUAAACUUUACAAAUGUGAAGAAUGUGGCAAAGCCUUUACUUGGUCCUCAUCCCUUAAUAAACAUAAGAGAAUUCAUACUGGAGAGAAACCUUACACAUGUGAAGAAUGUGGCAAAGCCUUUUAUAGGUCCUCACACCUUGCUAAACAUAAGAGAAUUCAUACUGGAGAGAAACCCUACACAUGUGAAGAAUGCGGCAAAGCUUUUAACCAAUCCUCAACUCUUAUAUUACACAAGAGAAUUCAUUCUGGGCAAAAACCUUACAAAUGUGAAGAAUGUGGCAAAGCCUUUACACGGUCCACAACACUGAAUGAACAUAAGAAAAUUCAUACUGGUGAGAAACCCUACAAAUGUGAAGAAUGUGGCAAAGCUUUCAUAUGGUCUGCAAGCCUGAAUGAACAUAAAAAUAUUCAUACUGGAGAGAAACCCUACAAAUGUAAAGAAUGUGGCAAAGCUUUUAACCAGUCCUCAGGCCUUAUUAUACACAGGAGCAUUCAUUCUGAACAAAAACUUUACAAAUGCGAAGAAUGCGGCAAAGCCUUUACUCGGUCCACAGCCCUGAAUGAACAUAAGAAAAUUCAUUCUGGAGAGAAACCCUACAAAUGUAAAGAAUGUGGCAAAUCUUAUAACUUAUCCUCAACCCUUACUAAACAUAAGAGAAUUCAUACUGGAGAGAAACCCUUCACAUGUGAAGAAUGUGGCAAAGCCUUCAAUUGGUCCUCAUCCCUUACUAAACAUAAGAUAAUUCAUAUUGGAGAGAAAUCCUACAAAUGUGAAGAAUGUGGCAAAGCUUUUAAUCGGCCCUCAACCCUUACUGUACACAAGCGAAUUCAUACUGGCAAGGAACAUAGUUGAAUGACAUUUCUAGAAACCUCUAAUUCCAGUGUCUUCAAACAGCAAAUAAAUGGAAGAAUACUGUUCCCAUAUAAA